AUGUCAAAAGAUACAAUAAUGAAUAAAAGGCAAAAUUCUCAGCAGUCACUUAUGAUUUACACCAAUAGAUUUGACAGCAAAGCUACCUAUUCAGAAAUCCUUGGUGACCUCCAGCAGAUGACUGACUCUGAUAUAAAAUUCAUCUUUUCCAAGAAGCCCCGAAGCUCUCCAUUUUCACCUUCAGAGCCUCCAAAGCGCCAAAAACUCAAAAAAGGAGCGAAGAUAAGCAAUUUUGCUUCCAAAAUCCCUGAAGACGCUUCAGCGAUUCUUGGAUUUGCUUCUUUUUUGACUGAGUCUGAAGCUCAAUGCAAAGCAAUAUCUUUUGGCAAGCUUCCUCCCAACCCCCGCAGAAGCAGCUCAAGACUUCCAUUAUCAAGAAAAGUGUCUCAAAGAACAGUCCCUCCCCCUUCCCAGCAAAAUGGGAAAUGUAAAUCACGUGUAACCCCUAAGCGUCUUGCAGUAUCAAAUUCAGAAAAAUUCCCAAGAUCAGCUUCUCACCUUGCUAUGGCGUAUUUCAUUAACUCCUGCACCUCUGUAAGUGAAAAAAAUUUUCUAUACUCAUGUAGGGUUAAUUUUUUAAAAAUUUAUAUAAAUUUUUAUAAAAAGUUGCUUUUAAAUUUCACAGAAUUCGCUAUUAAUUUCUUAUAAUAAUUGUCACUUAUAUAUCAAAUAUAUUUUCAUAGAAAAUUUUUAUGCUCUAUCACGCAGAGUUUUUUUCCCAAAAAAAGGAUUUUCCUAUGGUUUUGUUUGCUCGCGAAGGGGGAAUAAGGAGUUUGAGCAAACCGCUUAG